CGCAGCUCCACUAUCAAUCAACAGCUCAACCUUCUUGCGGUAGAGCUCGAUAUUUUAUUUUAUUUUAUUUCUUUCAAUCCUCUCUACUCUUCACAUCCUUUCAACACGUCGCAACUCAAGGCGUGCUAUCACAAUUCCCUCGUGCCACUCAACCUACAAUCCUGGAUUGAACUUGCAGGGGUUUGAAUUAAUUGAACUCAAUUGACAUCAUUAUGAACGGCGACAGCUAUUCUUCACGAGAUGGCCGCCAUGGCUCAUCUCGUGAUUAUCCUCGUGAUGAUCGCCGAGACCGAGGUGAUCGACGCGAACGAAGACGAAGUAGAUCCCCACGUCGGUCGCACCGCGACGGAAGGGAUGAGGACGCUUAUGCCUCGAGCCGUAGCCAUCGAGACCGCGAGCGCGAAGAUCGAUAUGGAGGAGCCGCAGCCGCAGUAGGAGUUGGCGGUGCUGGAAGAGAUCGCAGAGACCGAGAAUGGGAUCGCGACCGAGGCUCGAGAAGGGACGGUCGUCGCGACGAUGUGGGCCGACCUCCUCGACGUGACCGCGACUUAUUUGAAGAUCGACGUGGAGACAGACGGGACCGCGACCGUGGUGACCGUGGUGACCGGGGUGAUCGAGGCGAUCGAGGCGCCGAUCGGAACCGUGACGAUGACCUGUUCGCCCAGAAUCGUCGUGGCCGUAGCCCAACGCCGCCACCCAAAAAGCGCGAACCGACCCCAGAUCUUACCGACAUUGUUCCUGUACUAGAGCGAAAGAGACGUAUGACGCAAUGGGACAUCAAACCCCCCGGCUACGAGAAUGUUACCGCCGAACAAGCCAAGCUUUCUGGCAUGUUCCCCCUACCAGGCGCACCGCGUCAACAACCUAUGGAUCCUACGAAACUACAAGCAUUCAUGAAUCAGCCCGGUGGUGCUGUAAACAGCGCUUCCUUGAAGCCAGGAAAUUCUCGACAAAGCAAGAGACUUAUCGCCUACAAUAUCCCUCCAGGUUCCACCGAGGAAAGCAUUAUGGGCUUUUUCAAUCUUCAGUUGAAUGGCCUUAACGUUGUUGAGAGCACCGACCCAUGUGUUUUGUGCCAGAUCUCCAAGGACCAGUCCUUUGCUCUCCUCGAAUUUCGACACGCUUCGGAAGCUACUGUUGCCCUUGCCUUCGAUGGUAUCUCUAUGGAGGCUGACGAUGGAGCAAACGGUGCUGCCAAUGGCAGCAAGAGUGGCCUGAAGAUACAACGGCCAAAGGAUUACAUUGUCCCAGCUAUUGCCGAGGAUAUACCAUACAAACUAGGAGAGGUUUCCAAUGUUGUUAUGGAUACUCCGAACAAGAUUAGUCUUGCUAGCUUGCCACCAUAUCUUACCGAAGAGCAAGUCAUGGAGCUCCUAACAUCUUUUGGUGAACUGAAAGCCUUCAUCCUAGUCAAAGAUAUAGGAACGGAAGAAUCACGCGGCGUCGCCUUUUGUGAAUUCGUUGAGCCGGGUGCAACAGAGAUCGCCAUUCAAGGCUUGAACGGCAUGGUCAUUGGCGACAAGAACCUGACAGUAAAGAAGGCCAGCAUCGGCAUUACCCAAGUAGCUGGUGUUGAAAUGGGCGUCAACGCCAUGUCUAUGCUCGCAGGAACUACUGCCAGCGACUCGGAAGAGACACGAGUGUUGCAGCUUUUGAACAUGGUAACACCGGAGGAGCUGAUGGACGGUGAUGAUUACCAAGAAAUCUGCGAGGACGUUCAAGAGGAAUGCUCCAAGUUUGGCCAGGUAGUAGACAUCAAAGUGCCACGACCUACUGGAGGUAGCCGACAAUCGGCAGGAGUGGGAAAGAUAUUCGUCAAGUUCGAUACCACGGCAUCUGCAAAGAAGGCUUUACAAGCCCUUGCAGGUCGAAAGUUUGCCGACAGAACUGUGGUAACGACAUAUUUCCCAGAGGAAAACUUCGAGGUAGGAGCGUGGUAAUGAGAAAGGAAAGUUGGGCUGAUCUAAUGAUGCGGCGGCGCGAUACCGAAGGGAUACGAAUUGCGGAUAGGCCAGGUUAAGGUAUCACGGAGACUCGCAAAAUUGUAACUUGUAACAACUAAGGUGACUGAUGGGAGACGAUGCAUACUGGCGAAAUGAAUUUGGAACAUUCCUCGGGUUCAUCACCGUCGAUUACGUUCAUCAUUCAUUUAAUAAGCAGUAUCAGUCGUUCUGGUUCCUUGCAAGAAGCAUCAGUUAGCCAAAAACAACAUUGUCCAAUGGUGAAAUUUGCCAUCUGACUUAAUGAGUUAUGUACCUAGGGAUGCAUUGCCGAACAACGUCAACGUUACUAAAUGAUAGUCAUUUUCCGACCAAUGCUCUAUUCCAUUCUAUGCCAGAGCCGAAUAACCUCACAUUCUGGAUGAGCUAUUCAUGAUUUGAUCCAUGCUCUGUUAUAUCAUAUGUAUCAUCGAUGCAUAGGGCAUACACAUGUCAGGUAUAAUAAACUACUGAAGACCAA